CCAGCAACAGAAGUAUUUCCGGGGUUGGCGGAGCGGCGAGUCGGCGGCGCUGGGUGCGGUGAGGGAGGAGGUGAUGUUCUAAUCAUGUCAGAUAAAGAUGAUACUGAGACUCCAGUAAUAACCGAGACAACACCCAUCCUUAAAGAUGAAAUCCGUGAGCCAGACAAGAAUUCUGAGUCUGUUGACCAAAGUGCCAAGCCAGAGAGUGAAUCAGAACUUGUGGCGUCCACUCGUAGAAGACCAGAGAUCAAACCAUCCAGUGACCUUGAAACUUCAAAAGUUCAGGAGACUGUUUCUAAAGAUGUAACCCAGACUGGAUGGGGCUACUGGGGAAGCUGGGGCAAGUCCUUGCUCUCCUCAGCUUCAGCUACAGUGGCUACAGUAGGACAAGGUAUUUCAAAUGUCAUUGAGAAGGCAGAGACUUCCCUUGGGAUCCCUAGUCCCAGUGAAAUUUCCUCUGAAGUCAAGUUUGCAGCAGAAGAGACAAGUACCAGAGAGAAUGAAAACUCCUUGGUGGCUGGUCCGUUUGGUGUAUUCUCGACCAUUUCUUCUGCUGUUCAGAGCACAGGAAAGAGCGUUAUUGCUGGAGGCUUGGAUGCCUUAGAAUUCAUUGGGAAAAAGACAAUGGAUGUAAUAGCAGAAGGGGAUCCUGGCUUUAAAAGAACUAAGGGUCUGAUGAACCGAAAUUCUACACUAUCUCAGGUUUUACGAGAGGCGAAGGAGAAAGAAGAGCUAUGGACCUCCAAUGAGGUUACCAUGGAAACUGACAAAAAUACUCAUUAUGGGCUACUCUUUGAUGAAUUUCAAGGCCUUUCCCAUCUAGAAGCUCUGGAGAUGCUUUCCCAAGAAAGUGAAAUAAAGGUGAAGUCUGUACUUAAUUCUCUGAGUGGAGAAGAAUUAGAGACCCUAAAACUUGAAUUAGAGCAACUCAAAGAAGCAUUUUCCCUAGCAGAGUUCUGUGAUGAAGAGGAAGAAGAGAGAAAAGGGGAUGAAGAUUUUACCAAAGAGAUAACAGAGCUGUUUUCCCAGCUGCGCGUCUCUUCCAAACCAGAGAAACUUGCCAGGGCAAGAAAUACUGCUUAUGAAUGGAUCAAGGCAAAGACAUUAGCAGAGAGAAAAGAAGAAGAACAGUUGGAGGGAGAAAAUGCUGGAAAAGUCUCUAAAAGUUCAGUAGAGGAUAUCCAUGCAUUUGCAAUCCGGAGCCUAGCAGAAUUGACUGCUUGCUCAAUUGAACUGUUUCACAAAACAGCAGCAUUGGUUCUCCACGGCCAGAAGCAGGAUGUGACAGCCAUAGAAAGGAGCCAGACUCUUUCCCAGGUGACAGUUGUGUUGUGUAAAGAGCUGUCCUCUCUAUCUAAAGAGUUCACCACCUCCCUGACCACUGCUGGGGUCAAAGAAAAGGCAGAUGCCCUUAACCCAUUAAUCACUGCAGUAUUUCUAGAGGCAUCAAACAGUGCUUCCUAUAUCCAGGAUGCCUUUCAGCUACUCUUACCCGUGUUGGAGAUCUCUCUCAUUGAGAACAGGACUGAAUCACCUACACAUGAACUACAAGUCCAGAAGCCUUUGUCAGAACAUUGAAGAACACAAGAUUUUCACCUGGGAUUUAUGGUAGUCAAGAAAUGGCCACAUAAAAUGUCAGGCAGGAGAACAAGUUUAAAGUAUAAGUUUAUUUCUUCAUUUGGCUGAAGGAUUCAGGUCCUUGUAUUACUCUUUACAGUUGUUAUAAUUAAUAAAUUAUUUAAAAAUCAAUAUUUGGAGAAAGUCCAAGAAUAAUAGCUUUACACAAAGACUAGUGGGGCACUCAAGCAAACAUACUUGUCUUUGAUAUGUUGCAAAACACUAAUAAUUUUGUUAUGGAUAUAAUUUACAGCUGAUGGAUAAAAUUGGUUGUUAAGUAAGUGAAAAAUAAUUGAAUUCGUUGUUCUAGAAUUCACAGCAUGCUUGGUUUAUUAAUGUCAUGUAUUUUCUCCUUUCUAGAAUAAAGUCUGUGGCUUUAAGUAAACUAGGUAUAUGUAAAUUCUGAAAUGAUUACCCUUUACUAUGUAAAUUCUUGGAAGUGCUUGGGAAAUUUAAUCCUGUCUUAAAUUCUCAGUAGAUCUUUGGCAUUAAGGAGAAUUUUCUAGAAUAUUAUACUUACAGCCACGUGACCUAUAAAGCAAAGUACCUUUGGCUUCAAAUAACUCUCCCACCCCAGAUAACAAGCUUCAGUUGUAGUCAGCUUUUACUCAAGUGGAUUCAAGGCCAAUAAGUUCAAUUUAGAGAACUAGUUUUGUGUUUGCAGAUACUCCACGUGUCUUUGGGUUAUUUUUUGUUACCAUUUUUUGCAAAAUCUUUAUGCAGGAUAAAUUCUUUAAUAGUGAACUCCAGGGGAGUGCUGAAGCCCUUUGUUAGUGGGCUUUUGUUGUUUAUUGUUGAAGUCAGUCAUACACUCAUACACAUGAUGUUAUUUCUAACAGGAUUUAAUCUGGAAUACAUUUUUUUCUUGUUCUUUUUUGUUUUAAUGUAUUAUUUAGCAUGCUUUUGAAUACCACUUUUGUCCUCCAGAUCUUAAGUUUUUUUGUUCUUUUCAAACAUGAAAAGCUAUUUUGGUAUCCACCUUUUUAAGGAAGUUUUCCAACUUUGCGGUUUUUAGUAAUGGAGGAAACUUUUGUGAGCUCUGCCUCUUACCUUCUAAAUUCCUUAAAAUAAAAUGUAAUUGUACGCA